CGCCAUACCGCUCGGUUGGCUGCUUGUGAAGCGCUGCUUGUGAUGUGAUCUAUUCUUCUGGGUCUCGGAGUAACUUUUGACCUGUAUGUACACUAGCGCCAAAUAUUAAAUGAUAAAAUGGCCAGUAUCUCCAGCUACUCAAAGCAACUCAGAAGAUUAUGGCAUAUCCACAGACAGUUCAAGAACACCUCGGUGCCCCCAACUGUCCCCUUGAGAUGGAUGAAUACACACCGUGUUAGGUCACCUAUCCAGAGGAUAUGUAGUCAGUGCUGCAGGGCUAGUUACCCAUCCAGGACCCUAGCAACCAUUCCCAAGGGGGAUCAGAAGAAGGACUUGAUGUUCUCGUCUGAUUUCAAGCCGGAUAUUGAUCUAGAUUUUCUUGCUCAAAAUGCGGAGGUUAUUGCAGACCGUAUCAGCCACAGGAAGGGCAAAAUUGAUGUUCAUGAAGUUCUUAAAAAGAUGAAAGAAUUCCAGCUCAUACAAGAGGAUGUCCAUGAUGUUCAACUUAGACUACAAACUGAUAUAGACAAAGGAUUGAACACAAAGGAAUUGGAAAGUAUGUUGAAGGAGAAAAAGAACCAGCUUGAUAGAGCACAAAAUGACUUCUAUCGGAUUGCAGUGGCCAUUCCAAAUUCAAUCCAUCCUGAUGUGCCUUUGACUGAAGAUGCUGAUCCUGUGUUAAUAGAAGAAAUAAAUGAGAAGAGAUCAUUUGACUUUCCCAUCAAGGGACAUGUGGAGCUUGGUGAAGAUUUAGACAUCAUCAGAUUAAAGAAUCUUGGACAUACUACCGGUCAUAGGUCUUACUUCUUGAAAGGUGCUGGAUCAAUGCUAGAGGAUGCCCUCGUAAGGUUUACAUUAGACAGGUUAAUCAAGAACCAUGGCUUUAAGAUCAUCAAAGUCCCUGAUCUCAUCAAACCAGUCGUUUUCGUAAGUAUUGAAGCUUGUGGAAUGAGAACCGAAGGUCUUCACACACAGGUGUAUCCUCUAUCACCGGAGUAUCAUAACAGUGAUUUGUGGUUAGCUGGGACUGCUGAAGUAGGCAUUGCAGGAUAUUUGAUGAAUAAGACAAUACCCAUGGCAGAACUUCCCUUGAGAAUAGCUGCUGUGAGUCGUUGCUACCGAGCUGAGACAGCUCACAGCGCUGAUGCUAGAGGGCUCUAUAGAGUACAUCAGUUUACAAAGGUGGAGAUGUUCUGUGUAGCAGCUAAUGAGAGUGGGAAGGAGAGUGAGCAGAUCCAUCAGGAGUUAGUAGGGAUCGAACGAGAGCUCUUCAGUGACUUGGGGUUGCAUUUCCAGAUCUUAGAUAUGCCUGCCCAUGACUUAGGAGCUCCUGCAUAUAGGAAGUUUGACUGUGAAGCCUGGAUGCCUCACAGGAAAGCUUAUGGAGAGGUUUCCAGUACUUCAAACUGCACAGACUUCCAGAGCAGGCGACUACACAUCCAAUAUAAACCAAGCCCAGAGAGCCAAGCUAAAUAUGCUCACACACUGAACGGUACAGCCUGUGCAGUGCCUCGCCUCAUCAUUGCCAUUCUGGAGAACAACCAACAGAGAGAUGGGAGCAUCACGAUCCCUGAACCACUUCAACCAUACAUGGAUGGGAUGAGAGAGAUUACAAGACCUGCAUCAGGGAAGCUCCACUUUACAAGAUUAUGAUGGAAGCUCCAGUCUAUGAACAGCAGUUGCUGUUAGAAGACCUAAAUUAAACUUAAUCCUAAACUUUCAAGUUAAACUGAUUAUGUUUAUUGGGGAUAGCAUGUUAUUUGUAUAUGUAUGCAAUCAGGUGUUAGGUGUAAGGUGUUAAGUGUUAUAGGUUUAAAUUCUUUAUAAGUCGCAAGGGACCAGCACCGCAUAAGACUUUGUUUUUUCUUGCCGGUUUCCUCAUUCGUAUAUAUAUUUGUAUUUUGCGUUUAUCUUCCGUUAUGUUAUUUGUAUGUUCCUUACUUAUCUGUAAAUAUCGAUGUUAUAAUUAUGUAUUAUAUUAUAAUUUAUGUAUUAUAUAUAAUUAUAAUUAUGUUUUUAUAUUAUGUCUUUAAAAUGUCCCUGUGGAAGUGAAUGACGAGGAGUGAAGUGCCUAUAGCUGUCAUGUAGCCCUUGAAAUGAAAGUGGUCAAGAUAUCAAUCUGCAAGCUAUUACCUAUUGUGAUGAAGGUUGUGAUGAACCGUUCAAGAGAAGUCCAACCAUAUAUUAUAGCAAGGUGAUCAGAAAAAUAAGAGUAAAUAUGGUCAAAGUUUGGAAGGAGGCAGACAAACAAGGCAGUUAUGAAUCUUUGAAAGUUGUCAUCACUAUAAAUACAAGAGUUUCAAAUCGGCUAUGUUGCUUAGAUCACUACGAUGUGGUGGCGGAAACCUCCAAGGUUGUUCUGACUUACAAAAUGAGUGAAAGGUCUUCUUUUAAAAAUUCUUUUCUCAGUGGGAUCUUUUCCUUUAUGGAGGAUUGAUAACCACAUGCUAUCCAUGAGGUGUUUAUUUUUAGUUCUGCCCCAAGUGGAAAGGCACUUAGGGGAAAAAUGGAAAGUAAUUUUUCAGUGAAUGUCCCUGAAGAGGACAGAAUUGACAGACAAAAAUUCCAAUUUAAGAUUCGCAUUGGUUUAACGAUCUCAUAUUUCAAACAUUUGUAAAUUUUUUAUCGUUUGUCUGAUAUCUUUAACAUACUUCACUGUCCUAUAUUUCGUUUCUGUUGUUGGUACACCACAAAGACAAACGUUUGGAUUGCCCAUAAAUAGAUUCAGGCAAAAAGAAUUAUGUGUUUAAUGUGGAAAGAAUGUCAAAUCAUGAAAGAUGGUGAAUAUUUAAAAAGAAAAAAGCAGUAAUUGUUUGUCAUAGUUUUAAUAAUUCUAUAAUUAUUGCGAUAGUGUACCUUGAGCAGUCUUUUAGAAUGGUUAUGGGCGAUUAUUAUUAUUAUUUACGCUGUAUCUGAAUUUGUAAAGCAAGAAAUUACAUGAUUUAAGUUUGUAUUUAAUUAUCUCACUCAGGAUCAAUGGGCAGCAUAAAAUAAUAAAAUCUUUUGUGUAGGUGCGUGAUAACUUUCCGAUAUGGAUUAUUUAUAAAAUGUCUAAGACAUUACACUAAAAAAAAAAAAAAAAAAUGCAACAGUGACACUUAUAUUUUUGUAUGCUUUAUUAAUCUAAAUACCAUGAUUAUCACCAUAUGAACAAUAAAUGUUACAAUUCAUCUAACAAAUACUGCACUGAAGAUACUACAUUUGUCUAGUACUGUGUUUAAAAGUUGUUGUAAGGUCACAAGUUUCAGGGAAAAGUUUACACAGUAUUUUUUCAAUAUUUAGUGGGAAUAUAUUUUUCCAUCAGCACAUCUUGGCACAUUUUGUUUCAGUCCAGCAUAAAUUGUUUAAUACUUGCCAACAAGUCAAUAUGGAACUUGUAAGUAAGUGAAUAAGAGUUUAAGGUGGCAUUUCAUGAUAUCCAUUCCUUUUCUUUUUAUACUUGACAACCAAAGAGAAAUGAUGGCUCAAACUUGUAUCUAUUUUCCAAUGAAAACAAAAAACAAUUCCCAACUUCACUUAAAAAUCGUCAUAAUAUUAUGCCUAAGGGAUAUCUUAUUUGACUCUAUAUCAUUUACUACUUGAAUCCUGUAUACUGCCUUGUAAGAUGUAAUAUUUAUCUUUAAUUUUGAGAGCAUUUGAUGCCAGUUUUGUCAAUUAAAUUACUAUUCAUUGUUUUUUGUUUAAAUAAUGGCUUAACUUAAAAGAAAAGGUAAACAAAAUAAUCAUCACAACCUGCUUGAAAAAAAAAUGCCACCAAAAGGUUCCUUUGUAAUCUAAAUAUUGCACAUUUCAUACAUAUGAUUGAUUAUACCACUUAUAUGCAUUAUGAUUGUCUACUUUUAAUUAUCUGUUACAUAUGUUGAUAUAAAACAUCAGGUUUGAAUUACAAAUACAUAAUGAAAUACAAAAAAAACAACUCCCAAAUCAUAAAUAUACAAACAAGUGCAAAAGUAUUCUACAAACAGUACGAGGAAAAAAAAUCUUGUAAAGUAU